AUGGUUAUUCCUCAACAGAAAGCAGACUUAUGGACCGAAACAAAACGAAUGAGCGACUUGCAACAGUGGCGUACUUUAUGCGCUCGAUAUACAGUUCCGUUAGCUUAUAUGAAGGAUUCAAAUGCGCGCAUCACAGUUUUUGCCCCGGUUAAUGAUGUCUUCACCUAUAAUCCGAAUAUUCGUGCUUUAAGCCAAAAGGAACUCCUUGGUCAUAUAGUGGAUACACAAAUUUAUGAACUUAGCGAAAACCGAAAAUGGGAUAAACAGACACUUAUCCGAAGUACGGUCAGUAGCGGAUACAUGUACAUAACACAAUUUGUAAAUAAUCCCGGAAAUUAUUCCUACUUUGCAAAUAAUGGAAUGCUUUGCAAUCAUGCUACCAACGAAUGGGGUAUUAUUAGUGGUCAGCAAUAUCUCUUCAAAAUCUGUACACCAAUCGGACAUCGAUCAUAUCCGGGAACCGCACUUUCGUUUAUAAGAGCUCGAGAAAAGAUGUCUUUCUUUGACCGGCCCUAUAAUAACUAUAUUCUCAGUGAAUUGAGAGAUGUACUUGAUCGUGUACCGGAUGUUGCGUUGGCAAUUUUCGGCAGUUCGGGAUGGAAUGGCUUUCAUACUUUCUUUUUACCUACAAAUCGAGCAUUUUUGAAGGCAUAUCGCAAUCGCCUAGACCGUGAAGUAUUACUGGCUCAUGUAACGGGUAUAAAUAGGGUACUCUUUACUUAUCCAUGGCUUUAUGAUGGAGGUAUACACUACUAUCCAUCGAUACGUUUCUCAUCCAAUAUUAUUGAGGAUAAUUAUGAUUUAAGAUUAUGUAUGCGGAAUAUUACUGAUCACCGAACCGGACGAUGGGACCUCUACGCGGUCUCUGAAGUGCACGAACGGUAUGGACAAUUUCGCCAUGGGGCAGUUUGGGCUAAAAUUGUGGUACCAAAUAUCCCAGUUCAAAAUGGCGUAGUCCAUAUCAUUGAUGAUGUUCUUGGCAUUGUUACCAAUACUAUCGAUCAGCUCAUUAUGGAUAACAGCCGUUGCACAACUUUAAUUCGUUAUGUAAGUAUGAUUGGACAAAUAGUUCGCAAUUAUUUCUCGGCAACCGGUGGUAUGGUGACAUUUUUUGCACCAUACAAUGAAGCAUUCGAACGAAUUCCUGAAUAUAUCGAAAGAAGACUUCUAAGAGAUCGGAUCUGGCUUGAAAAGAUCCUUAAACUUCAUAUAGUUCCCAAUAAGGAGUUAACCAGUAGUGAAAUCACUAAUGAAACAAUUGUAAACACAGUGGAUAACAUUCAUCAGCUAUAUUUCAUUCGAGGUGAAUGGCCAAGAAAUAAUAUCACUUAUUAUGUUAUUGGUGCUGGUGUACGUGCAACAAUUAUGAUGGAUAAUGUAGCAGCCGUGAAUGGUAUUGUGCAUUAUAUUGAUCGCGUACUUGGCAUACCGUAUCAAACACUGUAUGAAGUUUUACGAAAUGAGUCCAGGCUUCAGAUAUCUUAUUCGAUGCUUCGAAAUUUGCAAUUGCGGUAUUCCCUAGAUCCGUGGCAAGUUUUAACACCACAGCAAAAUUUUACAUUUUUCGUGCCAACUAAUGAAGCUUGGGAUAAGGUAUCAACUUCACAGAAGUACAAAAUGACAGAUGGUAAACAUUGGUUAGCAUUGCAGUACGUCUUUAAACGACAUAUUGUUCAAGGUCUUGCACUUAUGUACACUGAUCUAAGGGAACGAACUUACGUAAUGAUGAACGAUGAAAAAGUGGUGAUACGCCGAAGAGGACGUUUUUUCGAACUUUAUUGGCCUCGUGGUAACCGUGUUGCACGCAUAAUUCCGGGAGGUGAAAAAGCUGGUAUCAAUGGUUUUAUGCAUAUGAUUGAUAACGUACUUAUCUACGAGCGUGAUCUCGAAGCCUUGGCUUGUUCGACGCUAAACUUAGCACAUUUUUUGUCAAUCUCGCUUUUAAUAAUUUUCCUCGGAAACUUCCUUUUUACAUUUCAAAUUGUUGUACUUUUCAUAACAAAUUAUGAUAUUAUCAAGGCUCAAGGUGUUAAACAGGAAUUACGAAAGCAUUUUGCUUACGAUGAUAAGCACAUCAAUGUUGUAAGCUCGUUGUUACUGCAAAUGAAAGAAAUUGCACACAGCCAGGCCUAUGGAAAUCGUGUAUUCAGUCGUGAUAGUGCUGUUGAUAGUCGGAGGGAUGUUUCAAUUAGUUCAGAACAACCAAAAACAACUAGUAAAUUAACACCAUAUCUUUUUGAAGGUGAUAUAUUCCUCUCGACAAAACAAGCAAUGACCAUAUUGGACUCAUUGGCCAGUAAAAAUAAAACAAAUAAAAAAGGGAAACAACGUGUAGCGCAUGAUGCUCCGUUGUAUUUAUUUCGUGGAGCAUUUCAAAAAGAGAAACGUUUUAGUACCGACCCUGAGGCAAAAUGGUUACAAUUUCCUAUUAAAUAUCGAUUUGAUGAAUCACUGGAUAUUCUGCAAAUUAGCCAAAUUCUAAAAGCUCUGGAAAUAUGGCAAAGCAAUACAUGUGUUAAAUUUGAAAAUGAUCAAGAAGCUAGCGGUGAUUAUCUCGAAUUUUUUGGUGGUGAUGGAUGUUAUUCAAUGAUUGGUCGUUUUGGUGGUAGGCAAGGAAUAUCCAUUGGUAAGGGAUGUGAAAGGAUAGGUACUAUAAUACAUGAACUUGGCCACACACUAGGCUUAUGGCAUGAGCAAUCCAGGCCUGAUGCGGAAAAAUAUAUUAUGGUAAUGAAGGAUUAUAUAAUACCAUCUUAUAUUAGCGAAUUUUUAAAACGAAGUGAAAAUGAAAUUACAACUUUUGAUGUGCCAUACGAUCUCGGUUCUAUCAUGCACUAUGGUUCAACAGCAUUUAGCGUGGAUCAGAAAAGCAAGACACUUCUGACGAGGGAUCCAUUCUAUCAGAUGACAAUCGGUCAACGAGAUUCACUAUCCUUCUACGAUAUUAAAUUGAUCAAUGAGGCUUACUGUAAAGGCUACUGUAAAGAGAAAGAUGAAUGCAAAAAUGGUGGUUAUCUGAAUCCCAAUGAUUGCAAAAGUUGCUUUUGUCCGAGUGGUUUUGGUGGUUCAAAGUGUGAAACACAUGAUGAUAGCAAAUCGAAUAGCAAAUGUGGUGGGGCGUUGAAAGCUGAAGUUGAUUGGCAAUAUAUUGAAUCACCAGGAUAUCCCGAUGGAUAUCCCAUGAAUAUCACAUGUAAUUGGCUUCUCAAAACUGAUAAAGAAGAAAGAAUUGAAAUCAGUUUCGAAGAUGACUUUGGCAUAUUUUGCUCGAGUACUUGUGUUGAUUACAUUGAAUUGAAAAUUGGUGAUGAUAUGGCUAAUACUGGUUAUAGGAUAUGCUGCUACGAUAAACCAGCGAAUUCAUUAAUUUCGGCGAUGCAUCAAGCUGUCAUCAUAUUUCGAGCAACAAUAGCAGAAGAUACUGGUUUUAAGCUUAAAUUUCGAAAAACUAUGGAACGAGCCCAAACAACUCCAGCAUUACUCAAAGCAACAACUACAGCUUCUCGUACAACGAUAGCUGGAAAGAAUAUUUGGUCCGAAUGGGGCGAAUGGUCACAAUGUUCACGAUCAUGUGGUGCUUGUGGUAUACAGUCUAGGAUUCGGACAUGCAAAACUGCCCAGUGCAGCGGUAAAGGUCAAGAAUUCUCAACAUGUAAUUUACAAGCAUGCCCAGUUGAUGUUAGAUGUCAGCAAGCUAAAUUCAAAAAUCGAAUAUGUGCUGAUGGUAGCGCAUGUGGCAAACCUGCAGAUUUAUUAACAAGUUGCAGUCGACCAAGCUGCUGUCCGCCAUUUCAGAAUGUCGACGGUAAAUGUCACAGUGACCAACCUAUUUUGAUUUCAUUUGCAUAA